UGAGUCUGCAUGGAAACGGGCAGCAAGCAUUGCAGACAUGCAGCCGCUAACCUUCCCCGUGCAUCAUCCCUUUCCUUCUCUUGAACGGACUGGAAAGAAAUGAGAAGCCGGCGGGGAAGGAAGGAGCAGGCUGCUCUGCGCUCCCGCUCGGCUCUCGCCUCUCCUUCCCCCGGCAGCGCGGCGGGCACAGGCGGCCGGGGAGCGCCGGUCCCGGCUCGGGGAUGGGGCAGCUCCAUCGGACAUAGCGCUCGUCGCCCCGCCUGACUGCGGGCGGCAGCUCCUGCCCUCCCCGCUACCUAAGCGCUCGGGGAAGCUCUGCGAGGUGAAGAGCGUGGUUUGUCGGGGCGGGGGGGCUUGUUUGUUUGUUUCCUGCCCCAUCACAUUUUUAUGAUCGCGAAGAGGAAGAAGCCUUCAGGUCACCCGGAGAACUGCUCGGCCGGCAGCCCGCAGACAAGGGCCCCUUUGAUUGCCAGCAGCUUCGCUGUGCGGCGGCGAGCAGCGGGGAGCGCCCCGGGCUUUGAUGUCCCGGCGAUGCCGGCGCCCCGUGUCCCCGCCGCUGGCCGCGGGCGGGCCGGGCGCUGAGCCCCGCCGGCCGCCCGGCGCCCCGCCAGCCUAGCCAGCCCAGCCAGCCCGGCCUGCGCCGCCUUCCCCCGGGACCCGCGGGCGCUGCCCCCCGCCUCGGGGCGCCCCGCGCCGCCUCCGCCCGGCGCUGCUCGGGGAUGUGUGUGGCGGCCCCGGGACCGGACCUCUCCGAGCGCCGGCCGACGCUGGGUUAUGGGCAAGUCAGAAAGCCAGAUGGAUAUAACUGAAAUGAAUACUCCAAAACCAAAGAAAAAGCUGCGGUGGAGUGGCCUGGAAAUCGGGCUGGCCGUGGUAGUGAUCCUGCUGGCGAUUGUAGCCAUCACCAUGAUAGUCCUGUACGCAACCUACGACGACGGGGUUUGCAAGACAUCAGACUGCAUAAAAUCAGCCGCCCGAAUCCUUGAGAACAUGGACACCAGUGCAGAGCCCUGCAACGAUUUUUACCAAUAUGCCUGUGGAGGAUGGCUUAAGAGGAACGUCAUUCCAGAAACCAGCUCCCGUUAUAGUAACUUUGACAUUUUAAGAGACGAACUAGAAGUUGUUUUAAAAGAUGUCCUUGCCACACCAAGCAGCAAUGAUAUAUCAGCAGUGCAGAAGGCAAAAACUCUCUACAGAUCCUGCAUAAAUGAAACCACCAUUGAUAGCAGAGGGGGGAAGCCUUUGAUCAGUUUAUUGCCAGAUGUAUCUGACUGGCCUGUAGCGACAACAAACUGGGAAUCUUCCUAUGGUGCUGCUUGGACAGCCGAGACAGCUAUUGCACAGCUCAACUCCAGAUACGGAAAAAAGGUCCUUAUUAAUUUUUUUGUUGGCACGGAUGACAAGAAUUCCACAGCACAUAUCAUCCAUAUUGACCAGCCUGGGCUUGGCCUGCCUUCUCGUGACUACUAUGAAUGCACGGGUGCAUACAAAGAGGCAUGUUCUGCUUAUGUUGAUUUCAUGAUUUCGGUUGCUAAACUCAUCCUACAAGAAAGAAAUAUUUCUUUCACUGAGAACGAUAUUUCUGAACAAAUGAACAGAGUUAUGGACCUGGAGAAAGAGAUCGCCAAUGCAACGACAAAAGCUGAGGACAGAAAUGAUCCACUUUUGCUGUACAAUAAAAUGACCUUGGCACAGCUCCAAAGCAACUUCUCAUUGGAAAUCAAUAAUAAGGUAUUCAACUGGUCGAAAUUCAUAAAUGAUAUAAUGUCUACAGUACAAAUUAACAUUGAGAACACCGAACACGUCGUUGUUUAUGACCCAGAAUACCUUAUCAAGCUGAAGCCUAUUGUUAAUAAAUACACUCCCAGAGACCUUCAAAAUUACAUGAUCUGGCGAUUCGUAAUGGAUCUUGUCAACAGCCUGAGCCGCAGCUACAAGGACACAAGGAACGCUUUCCGUCAGGCGCUUUACGGCACAACAUCAGAAACGGCUGUUUGGCGUCGCUGCGCUAACUAUGUCAAUGGCAACAUGGAGAACGCAGUGGGACGACUAUAUGUGGCGGAAGCAUUUGCUGGAGACAGCAAACACGUGGUGGAGGAAAUGAUUGCAGAUAUACGCGAUGUUUUUAUAAAAACCUUAGAUGAACUUACCUGGAUGGAUGCAGAAACCAAAAAGAAAGCAGAACAAAAAGCAACGGCAAUCAGAGAGCGGAUCGGUUACCCAGACGAGAUCGUGAGCGACGACACGAAGCUGAACAACGAGUACCAGGAGUUGAACUACAAAGAACAAGAAUAUUUUGAAAACAUUAUUCAAAAUUUAGUAUUUACCCAGAAGAAAAGGUUGAAGAAGCUUAGAGAAAAGGUGGACAAAGAGGAGUGGAUAAGUGGAGCUGCUGUUGUCAAUGCCUUUUAUUCAGCAAGUAGAAAUCAGAUCGUCUUCCCUGCUGGCAUUUUGCAGCCCCCUUUCUUCAGUGCAUCCCAGCCCAAAUCUCUGAAUUACGGUGGCAUUGGCAUGGUCAUCGGUCAUGAAAUCACACACGGAUUUGAUGACAAUGGCAGAAAUUUUAAUGAGAACGGAGACCUUGUAGACUGGUGGACUGAAGAAUCAGCACGCAAUUUUAAGGAGCUAUCCCAGUGCAUGGUGUACCAGUAUGGAAACUUCUCGUGGGACCUAGCAGGGGGCCAGAACCUGAGUGGAAUCAACACGCUAGGAGAAAACAUUGCUGAUAAUGGGGGUGUUAGACAAGCAUAUAAGGCCUACGAAAACUUUGUGAAGAAGCAUGGAAAAGAAAAACUUCUUCCUGGUCUUGAAAUGAACCAUAAGCAGCUGUUUUUCUUGAACUUUGCACAGAUAUGGUGUGGAACAUACAGACCGGAGUAUGCCGUGAACUCCAUCAAAACCGACGUGCACAGCCCAGGCAAAUUCAGGGUCAUCGGAUCAUUGCAAAACUCUCCGGAGUUUUCAGAAGCCUUUUCCUGCACCAAGACGAACUACAUGGAUCCUGCUAAGAAGUGCCGAGUUUGGUGACGAACUGCAAACCCUGCGUCUCGAGAAGCUUUCCGGAAAGAGAGAAAUUUUUAACUAAUUCCAAGGGGAGAAAGGAAGAAAACUGAGGGAACUAUGCUAGAAUAGUCACUGUAAUUCUUAGUAAACAGGCAAAAAUAAAAGAAUCAAACAUGGAAUGGAGGACUAAUGCCGAUGCAGCAAUUAGCUGCUCUUGCUCAUCGGCUGCUUUUCCUGUCGCUCAACCCUGUAGAAUCUGAAUCACUUGAGGGUGUGCAGUAACAUCUCACUGGUACUUAAUCCUGUUCCGCACUAGCCAGUGGCUUUCUGGAUUUAUUUUAAAAUGUCAAAGUAUAACACAUUAUCUCCCACUAGUUGGUGACUGCGUAUUUCUGAUUGAGCGGAGGAAGGAAAUAUUAACUAACACACGGUUUUAGACAUCAUGACGUGAUAAUGAGACAACAGUUUAUAUCCAAAGUGUCAGACUUUGUACCCGUUGCUGUUAUGAUAAAUCUGUUCUACCAAAUGUCUUCAUUUUUACUUGAAACCGUUUAUACAAGAGGAGUCCAAAGACCUGCUGUGCUUAAGUAACCGCUCACUAAUUAUUCCAGUGUGUAUUAUCUGAAGCCACUAUUUACAACAGUUUAUUUACCGCUUUCCAGCCAAACUGAAAUUGUAGGUAAAUUAUUAAUUUUUGAAGAUAUGUUCUAUAAGAUUGUGAUCCAAGACCCUUUCACAGUUUUCUAAGCUUUUCCUUGCUUUCUCUAAACUUGGUCUUUUUUAAAGUUUCUAGUAAUGUAAAAAUCAUAGUUUUGAUAUUUAAAUCUAAGCUACACUUUUGACUUGAAGUGUUGUAAUAUAUUUUAUCAGAGGCAGCGCAGAGCUGGGCAGUUUGAGUGUAGCACGGCAUCGGGCACCGAGCCCACGGCAUCGGGCACCGAGCCCACGGCUCCAGUCGCCGCUCUCCGGUGCAGUCGCCAGUAGCCAAGGUUUCAGGCCGACUUUCUCGGUGUUUAGGGUCUGAUCCUGCACACAAUUUGUGCAUGUUCUGAUUGAUGUCAGUCCUCACAUCAGGAAAGCUGCACAGCUGAUUGCAAGAAUGAAGCUUUAAGUAAGAAGGUAAAAGGCUUUAAAUCUGCAAUGACAUGUAUUAAACAUCCUCAUGCAGAUUGCAAAGGAACUUACUGCUUUGUAUAUCAAAGCAAACAGAUUUCCAAAACCAAGUACCACAUACCUCAGAUGACUGCUACGAUAGGUAUAUUUAAAAAAACCUAUGUUCCUUUUAGCUUUCUGAGUCUGUCAUCUGAUAAAACCAUUUUGAUAAUAAACUGAAAUUAUGAGAAAAA